AUGGCGCGACGGACAGUCCAUCCCCGCACGUCGCGCGAGGACCCGGCCGGGAGCGCGGAGGAGGCUGCGACCGAGACGCAGGCCUGCCUCGAUGGCAUCGGCCCCCGCUCGGGGCCCCCUGCGGCCGAGACGGCAGUCCGGCGGAAACAUCGAGGUCAGCCGAGCCGCGCGGCAGCCCUGUGCCGGCAGAUCAUCGUGUGGGCGCUCAUGGUGUCGUGGACGGGCGUCACGCUCGUGCUGCUGGAGGGUAAUGCAUUUGGGUAUCGGAAGAUUCCUAGAGUCGGCCUCGCGACGUCCCGCCCGUUCACGAUCCCGGAGUACGCCUGGCCGCGGGAGCCGCUCGCUGUCCCGCCUCGGCCGGACGAGGACGCCGCGAGGUUGAAGUUCGCGCUCGCUGCCAAAGCCAAGGCGUGCCGCAGCCUGGGCAUGGUGUGGGACCCUGCAGGGCGGGUGUGCCAGGGCCUGUCGAACACGUUCAACUACUGCGGGAAGAGAAAGGUCGUCGCCAUCACGGUCGAUGCGGCAGCGCUGUCGGUGCUCGAGGCGCCAGACCACGACGAAGGCGACACGACCUUCGACGUCGCCCCCGUCGACGCGAUCCUGGGCGACCUGUCUGCGGCAAACAUCACAGCGACGUUUUUCAUCGCCCCGGGCGCCGGUCUGAAGCCGGACGUGCCGGCGGGCCGCUUCAUGGUGCCGUACGAAGACAUGCUGCAGCUGCGCUGCGACACCCUGCGCAGGAUCGCCCAGCACGGGCACGAGAUACAACAGGCCACCUUCACCGGGAAAGCACUUGUGUCUUGGGGCGGCGAUCAUCAGGGGCAGCACGCGCAGCCGACGGCGAUCAUCACGGGGGCAGCACAGGCUGCCGAGUGGCUCGCGGACUGCACGGGCGCCGGCCUCCCGCGCGCGACCAUGCUGCGUCCGCCGGCCAUGGACGUGACCGCCGACCAGGCCAGCGUGGUCAACGACGUCGGGUACGCCACGGCAGCGUACCUCAUCGAGAGCACGGACUGGGCGGUGGCGGACUUGUCCGACGAGGACCUGAAGCGCGAGAAGAUCCUCAACAGAAUCCUGUACGGCCGCGACGCGACCACCGGGGAGCCCCUGUCGCCGAAGACGCACCCGAGCCUGGUGCCGAUAGUUCGCAAGCGGAGCAGCGCCGUGAUCGCGCUGAGCGAGAGCCACUACGUGCGCGGCGUGAUCCCUGAGCUCGUUCGCCUGGUCAAGAACAUCGACCCAGAGUAUCGGUUCGUGGGCGCGAGCGACUGCUACCACGCGUGCUCCGACUUUGCGUGCGUGGACGAGGAGUCCGGCUGGCCGUGCUCGCAGUACGACUGGUGCUGA